AUGACGGCUCUCAUCUUGGGCCUGGCGGUCUACGGGUGGAGCUGGGCGGGCAACGAGCUCACCCAGCGCCGGCUCACGCUGGAGGUGAUCGACGCGGAGCGCGCUGCGGUGGAACAAGAUCGGGUGGCGCUGGCCACCGACCGGGAGGCGCUGCAGGCCGAGCGUAAGGAGUUCGACAAGUUGAUCAAGGAGAAGCACGAGGCCAACAACCAACAGGCGCUCAAGCUCGAGAAGGACCGUGCCGACAUGGAGGACGUGAAGAAGCAGGUCCAGGACUCCAGGACCGCGUUCGACCACGAGAAAAAGGUGCUCGACGAUGAAAAGGCCAAGCUGGAGGCCGAGAAGCAGGCUCUCGAGGCAGAGAAGGCGAAGCUCGCCGAAGAGAAGAUCACUUUCGAGGCAGCCAAGGCAGCUUUCGCGGAGGACAAGGCAGCUUUCGAGGAGGACAAGACAGCUUUCGCGGAGGACAAGACAGCUUUCGCGGAGGACAAGACAGCUUUCGCGGAGGACAAGGCAGCUUUCGAGGAGGCCAAGGCAUCUUUCGAGGGAGACGAGAGCAAGAAGUCCAGGCGCUGA